GGCAGCGAAGCAAAGGGGGCAAAGCAAAGCAUCCAGCGUGGGGAUCAAAGGGGAGCUCGGGAUUAUUCAUUAUCCCUCAAGGAUUCGAUCACUAGGACCAAACAAAGCCAGCCAGCCAGGAUUGAUUACUGAAGGGCCAGCACGCAAGUGGAAGCUGUGGAAGGAAGGAAGGAAAGGAAAGGGAAGGAAAGGGAAGGGAAGGGUCGAGGCUCAAAAAGCUGAGCUGCUGCCGCUGCUGCUGCAGUAGUGCCCCUCGCUCGAGCGAACAAGGCAACAAGGUAUUGAUGAUGAUGAUGACGAUGAUGAGCCAGUGAGCCACGAAUUGGGCGAUAGUGUGGAUUUUCUGGGCAUGUCAGAGGCGUGCUGUGUGUCCUCGUACAAUUUAUUCCACCGGGAUCUUCACUGUGCUUCCCUUGCGGGAGCUUAACUUACACAUGUUACAAGGAGAGCUUGUUUUGUUUGAAACGGAGGGGAAGUGUUGAAGGAGGGGAUCAGUAGUGGGUGCUUGUUUGUUUGGCAAUCCGAGUGUGCUAUCUCUGAGGGUGAGAGUUUUGCGCGAGGAGCAUCGAAGGUUAUUCCGCUCGCUUCUUUAGAAGCCGCAUACUUUUCGACAAGCUUUCAACAAUGAGCAGACGUUCUACAGUAGUUGCAACAUAAAACUAAUGAAGCCACCUUCGAGGCUAGUUCGCUACUGCAUAUGCAAGCACUAUGCUAAUGAAAGCGGCGUUUACUUAUUUUAGCAUCUCUCUUGAGGGUUGAAAAAAAUGUUAUGGUCAUUAUGGCUUUGCGCAACGGCUGGUUGUCAAUUACUGCCCAAUGACUUGAGCUUCUACACGGUAUCCGUCAAAUUAGGAAUCAUUAAUUAACGAAGGGUCAGUUCAGUGCUCUUGCAUUUCAGUCUUUUAAGAAGUUUUUUGUGAAAGUGAGAAUCAAUGGGAGCUUGUCUACAAAAACAUGUUCGUGAGAAGGUGGAUUCAAAAUCUGCCGCCAUUGUGCCGUCUUGGGCGUCGUCGCCUGGAUACAUAGAUGAUGACGAAGGCAGGGUGAAACUGGUUGGAGAUGUCACUUGCCCCUACACUCAGCGUGUUCGCAUUGCUCUUCUUCACAAGAACAUACCAGUGAAUGCGUCCUUGGUAAUGCCAGAUGACCUUCGCAGUUACAGAGCAGAAAACUUGUCUGCUACUAGUCCAGAUGGAAAGUAUCCAGUUUUCCAGCACGGGGACCAAAAAUUUACUGGAUCUGUAGACGCAAUGUUGGCUUACAUUGAAGAAACCUUCGAGAAUCCACCACUGCUUCCCAAUGGACUGGAGAAAGAAGUGGCACGGUGGGUUUCGUACAUCCGAGAUACUUUUACUGUUAAUGUUCUGGAUAUUUUACACAAUGGGGAUCCAUAUGCACAAGAUUCUCUGGAGGCAAGAUUGAACGAAUCGUUGGCCCGUUUGGACAGCGGGAUUAAGCCACAGGGCAAACAUUUUCUGGGGUCGAAGUUCACACUUGUGGAUGUCUAUCUCAUACCCUUUCUUUCACUCGUGGAUCUUGUCACUUACGUCCGGGGCUUUACUAUCGAUUCUUCUUACUCGAGAUUACUUUCGUACAAGUUUUCUAUGUGCAAGUUCAAAUGCUACAAGCCCGUGCAAGUGGGUGUGGAUCUGUCCAAAGAUAUUUUGGUAAAAUCUUCAAUAGAGAGACCCCCUCUGCCGCUGGUUAGCUUUGCUCUUUUACAGCACAAGUCCAUAACCUGGCAUCUAGAAGCCUUUGUCAAGUUAGUGAAGGAAUUUGACGGCAUAAACAGGAAACCUUUCGUGGAUACGAUGCAAAGAACCGUGUUUGGAACACGGUUGAAAGAGCUCCCAAUAGCGUAUGGUCGUCUGCUUGAGAUCCUGCAAGAACAUGCUCAGAUGGAGGAAAGGAUAAUUUUUCCAGCGCUAGAAAUGGCUGACCAAGCGUUGACGGAGUCCGCACUUCGAGACCAUUCCCGGGACUUACCAGUGAUGAAUGGGAUUCGGGAAGAUAUUAAAGGUGUCAUGAGUUUGAGACUGGGGAACUCCGAUCACCGCGAAGCAUUGUCUGCACUUGUUGGCCGUGUGGAAGCUUUUGAGGUUCACGUCAAAGAGCAUUUUAAGGAAGAAGAGAAAGAGCAGCUCCCACUUCUCCAGGCGGCUGGUUUCGGGACUAAGAAGCAACAACCCAUGGUAGGGCAGGCUCUUGCUAUUAUGGAAUCCUCCCACUCCAGAUUGUUACCCUACAUAUUGGAAGGGUUAAGACCUCAUGAGGUUCACCAAUACCUGGGUAUCAUGAAGUCAACAAGCUCAGAUGCAGAAAAGGAAUACUUGAUACCAAAAAUUGCACACGCUUUGAACAACGAUGAGUAUGAAAAUGUCCGGAAAGUGGCUGUAGAUAGAGUUCCAGCGCUUGGUGGACCGCAGUACACCAAGGGCCAAAGCAGACCAAGCAUGGAUCAAGGUGACUCAUGGUACUCGCGGAGAGCCGUCAGCUUCAUCCAUUAAAUCUGGAAGGCUGUCAUGACUUGGUAGUUUUGUCGUGGAAUUAUAUUAAACAGAGCAACGUAGUUCAUAGCCAUGUCUGCCCUUCUUUGGUCUCUUCAAGUAGUCUCUUAACUUGGUAAUGCUUAUUCUAGCCACUUCGCCUUGGGUCUGCAUGGGUGCGAUUUUCCAGUGAAGAGGAUGUCGCUGGAAGAGAAGAAUAGUGAUUUCCACUAUAAACUCCGUGAUGGCCGAAGCUCGCUAGUCGCGUGGUUGAGAAAUAGCCCCUGAACCUCCAGAAAGAUAUGUACGAGGGAUGUUCUCAAAAUCUAAGCAGUCAACUUGACCGAAGAUCUGGAAGGUGAGUGCGGGUACAGCACAUCAUUCUUGACCAUGAAGUCCAUGAGUGAACAAUAUGCCGAAAUUGUUGGUUGUAACAAGAACCCAGCUCCACAAAGAAGCAUUGCGAGGGUUUCGUUGUAGUCCUUGUUCUGCUUAGGCUUGUGAGCUCAAAGUGAUAUGUGAAAUAUGUAGUAUAUUGCAACAACUGGAAACCACCUGCAGAGUGACAAGAUGUACUUAUGCGGUUAAUAGACUUUUGUUAGACAACCCUCUGACUGGGUUUUUAAAGGUCACAUGUCGAACACUCUGAGUAAUGGACAUCUCGAAGUUUAAGUGUAAGCCUUUUUGUUCAAGAUC